GGAGCCGCCGCCGCUGCGCCUGGGCCAUGCGGCUCCAGGGCCGGGGGCCUGGGCUGGGGCCCGCGCCGCCCCCCUCGCGCCGCCCUCGCUGAGCCCGCGUCCGGCCAGGGCGCCGCCCGGCACCAUGGUGCAGAAGUCGCGCAACGGCGGCGUGUACCCCGGCCCGAGCGGGGAGAAGAAGCUCAAGGUGGGGUUCGUGGGGCUGGACCCCGGCGCGCCCGACUCCACCCGCGACGGCGCGCUGCUCAUCGCCGGCUCCGAGGCCCCCAAGCGCGGCAGCAUCCUGAGCAAGCCGCGCGCGGGCGGCGCGGGCGCCGGGAAGCCCCCCAAGCGCAACGCCUUCUACCGCAAGCUGCAGAAUUUCCUGUACAACGUGCUGGAGCGGCCCCGCGGCUGGGCGUUCAUCUACCACGCCUACGUGUUCCUGCUGGUCUUCUCCUGCCUUGUGCUGUCUGUGUUUUCCACCAUCAAGGAGUACGAGAAGAGCUCGGAGGGCGCCCUCUACAUCCUGGAAAUUGUGACCAUCGUGGUGUUUGGUGUGGAGUACUUUGUCCGGAUCUGGGCUGCAGGCUGCUGCUGCCGGUACCGUGGCUGGCGAGGGCGGCUGAAGUUUGCCCGGAAGCCGUUCUGUGUGAUUGACAUCAUGGUGCUUAUCGCCUCCAUCGCCGUCCUGGCCGCUGGCUCCCAAGGCAACGUUUUCGCCACGUCCGCUCUCCGCAGCUUGCGGUUCUUGCAGAUACUGCGGAUGAUCCGCAUGGAUCGGAGAGGAGGCACAUGGAAGCUGCUGGGCUCUGUGGUCUAUGCCCACAGCAAGGAGCUGGUCACUGCCUGGUACAUUGGCUUCCUCUGCCUCAUUCUGGCCUCGUUUCUGGUGUACUUGGCAGAGAAAGGAGAGAACGACCACUUCGACACCUACGCAGAUGCACUCUGGUGGGGCCUGAUCACCCUGACCACCAUUGGCUACGGGGACAAGUACCCCCAGACCUGGAACGGGAGGCUCCUGGCAGCAACCUUCACCCUCAUCGGAGUCUCCUUCUUCGCUCUUCCUGCGGGCAUUUUGGGGUCUGGUUUUGCCCUGAAAGUCCAAGAGCAGCAUCGGCAGAAGCACUUUGAGAAAAGGCGGAACCCAGCAGCGGGCCUGAUCCAGUCCGCCUGGAGAUUCUACGCCACCAACCUGUCGCGCACGGACCUGCACUCCACCUGGCAGUACUAUGAGCGCACGGUCACGGUGCCCAUGUACAGCUCACAAACUCAAACCUACGGGGCGUCCAGACUCAUCCCACCUCUCAACCAGCUGGAGCUGUUGAGGAACCUCAAGAGCAAGUCUGGACUCACCUUCAGGAAGGAGCCGCAGCCGGAGCCAUCGCCCAGUAAAGGCAGACCGUGCCGAGGGUGCCUGUGCGGAUGCUGCCCUGGACACUCUAGUCAGAAGGUCAGUUUGAAAGAUCGUGUCUUCUCCAGCCCCCGAGGCGUGACUGCCAAGGGGAAGGGGUCUCCCCAGGCCCAGCCAGUCCGGCGGUCACCCAGCGCUGACCAGAGCCUUGAGGACAGUCCAAGCAAGGUGCCCAAGAGCUGGAGUUUUGGGGACCGCAGCCGAGCGCGCCAGGCUUUCCGCAUCAAGGGCGCUGCAUCACGGCAGAACUCGGAAGAAGCAAGUCUCCCUGGAGAAGACGUUGUGGAGGACAACAAGAGCUGUAACUGCGAGUUUGUGACCGAGGACCUGACCCCUGGCCUGAAAGUCAGCAUCAGAGCUGUGUGUGUCAUGCGGUUCCUGGUGUCCAAGCGGAAGUUCAAGGAGAGCCUGCGGCCCUACGAUGUGAUGGAUGUCAUCGAGCAGUACUCUGCUGGACACCUGGACAUGCUGUCGCGCAUCAAGAGCCUGCAGUCCAGGAUAGAUAUGAUUGUGGGCCCCCCACCCCCUUCAACUCCCCGGCACAAGAAGUACCCCACCAAAGGACCCACGGCCCCUCCGAGAGAGUCACCCCAGUACUCACCUAGAGUGGACCAGAUCGUGGGGCGGGGCCCGGCGAUAACGGACAAGGACCGAACCAAGGGCCCGGCGGAGGCAGAGCUGCCGGAGGAUCCCAGCAUGAUGGGGCGGCUCGGGAAGGUGGAGAAGCAGGUGUUGUCCAUGGAGAAGAAGCUGGACUUCCUGGUGAACAUCUAUAUGCAGCGCAUGGGCAUCCCCCCGACUGAGACUGAGGCCUAUUUCGGGGCGAAGGAGCCCGAGCCCGCACCACCGUACCACAGCCCCGAGGACAGCCGGGAGCAUGGGGACAGGCAUGGCUGCAUCAUCAAGAUUGUCCGCUCCACCAGCUCCACCGGCCAGAGGAACUUCGCGGCACCCCCCGUGGCACCCCCCGCCCAGUGUCCGCCGUCCACCUCCUGGCAGCCGCAGAGCCACCAGCGCCACGGCACCUCUCCUGUGGGGGACCACAGCUCGCUGGUGCGCAUCCCCCCACCACCCGCACAUGAGCGGUCGCUGUCCGCCUUCAGCGGGGGCCACCGGGCCAGCACAGAGUUCCUGAGGCUGGAGGACGCCCCGGCCUGCAGGCCCCACGAGGGUGCCUUGCGGGACAGCGACACGUCCAUCUCCAUCCCAUCCGUGGACCACGAGGAGCUGGAACGCUCCUUCAGUGGCUUCAGCAUCUCCCAGUCCAAGGAGAACCUGGACGCACUCAGCAGCUGCUAUGCGGCUGUGGCCCCGUGCGCCAAAGUCAGGCCCUACAUCGCGGAGGGCGAGUCUGACACGGACUCAGACCUCUGCACGCCCUGUGGGCCCCCACCACGCUCAGCCACGGGUGAGGGCCCCUUUGGUGACGUGGGCUGGGCUGGGCCCAGGAAGUGAGGCCACACGGGCACCAGCCUUGCUUGUGCUGCCCUCCAGCUCCGCCUCCUGGCUCGUGGCCGGAGCUCUCAGGCUUUGUCCUGGGGUGACGCGGGCUGUGAGGGGCACCGGUGGGCCUGGCUCCUGGGGUCUCAGCAGGGUGGCAGGUGCGCAGGGCUUUUGGCUCAUGCAGUGUCAUUUUGCAGUUCUUUCCCAAGCUGGGCUGGAGGACUGCCUGUCAAGCAAGGCCAGCUCUGCCCAGUCUGCUCAGGGACCAUUGCCUGGCAUGGGAGAAGGGCAGAGCGAUGUGGGGACACGGCCAGAGGCAUGGGUGGAAGAGAGCAGCCUGUCCCCUGUCUCCAGCCUUGAAGCCUACACGGGCGGGGGCUCCCUGCUAGGGUUGAUGGCUCUCAGAGAGAGCGACGAGUACUGGGCAUGGGCCACCCUGCACCCAACCAUUUGUCCCUCUGUUCCUGACUGUCCCCAGCAAGGUACCACCAGCCACCAUCUGUGUGUACACGGCUGGGCAGAGCUCCUCACCCUUGCCAGCCUGGCUAGAGAGUUACCGGCCAGCAUCCUCCCCCUCGGUCUUCAGGGCCAGCAGAUCUUUUGAUGGGAGCUGCCCCAAGUUCAGGGCCCUUUGCCUGGAGCUGAGGAAGGGUGAGACCCUGGAACCAUCCUGUGGAGGGCAGGGCUUGCAUCCUUGUCACCAAGAGCCCCUUAGGGGCUGCCCUGGGACUGCGCUGUCAGGAUGUGUGGGAGCCAGCAACAUCUCAGCCACAGAAGGCCUGGGCAGCUAUGACUCUCCUCUCUCCUGACUGCUUCGGUUGGGUGCUGGCCCCCAGGCUGUGGCCAGCAUUUUGAAAGAUUCAUCUAACUGAGCAGAGCCACACUGUCCGUAGCCAGGGCCCCUCCUUGCUUGUCCAGCCCAUGCCCCACAAGACCCAGGCAGGGCGGGAUGGAGCAUCACUGGCCAGAGAAGUUCUUCAGACUUCUGGCUCUAUGUUCCAGACAGUUGCUGAGCUUGCCUGAGGGUCCUUCCUGUUGGGCCUGACUGCACCCUGGCUGCUGUGUCCACGUAUGGGUCCCUUGAUAGAGGCCUCUACGUGUUCUGGGAGUUAGAGAUAUCUGUCCCCAUCUUGGGCCCUGGGAGCAGGAACCUUUGUCCCUCCUGUCCUGGGCACUCUGGCCUGGCCCACAGCCAGCUGCAGAGGGGUACAAGCCCAGCCACUGAGGGAUAGACAGAGUCCCAGUUCUGCUCCUCUGCCUCUGGCCUUGGUGACACACUGAAUGUCAGGCCAGGGCUCUCUGAAGUGGCCAGUUACCUGGCCAGCAAAUCAGCUACAUGCCCGCCCCGGACACUAGUUGGGCUGCCGCUCACGCCCUUGUGUGAAGUCUGUUCUUGUGAGGACUGUGGGUAGCAGGGGCUUUGUCUCAGCAGCAGAGCCCAUCUUGUCCUCUGGAAAUGGUCUUUGGGGUCAUGUGCCCCUGGCCAUCAGAGGUCCUGGGUGCUUGGGAGCCUUUGGGAGCUGUGAUCUGACCAGGGUCCAGGGUCUCACUCUAGAGCAUCUCUACCAGCCUGCUGCCCAAGUUGGCACCACACUGUCCCCUUGGCACCCUGGUUCUCAUGAGCAGAGUUGUGUGGCUGAGAUCCUCUCUUUGGGGAGAGGCAUCUCUUCUAGCAUGGCCAUUUCAUGUGGGUGACAUGGGUAGGAUGCGGGAUCAUGACCUUACUGUUCUCCUUUAGGCCAGUCUGAGCCCAGGUCUAAUCAUCCUUUGCCCUUGGUGGUAGAUUGAGGAGGCUCCUACGGGAGGCACAGGCAGGGCUUGAGUGCCCACCAUGAGCCCCAGUCCUGUCCUCCUAGGCCCUCCUAGGCCUCAGUCUGCUCAGGCUCCAGGCUGGAGGAGGGGCUUCUUGCCCCCAUGGGAGACGAGCUCACGUCGCAUGGGCACCACCAGUGUACAUGUGCCCUCCUGGGGCCCGUGCCGCACCUCCUGUCUCCAGGGAGUGCCUGGGGCUCUGCAGUGUGAGGAUGGCUCUCCUGCAUCCUAGCAGCUCAGGACAGUAGCAGGGUUUUCCUUAGGUUGCAGCAAGAGGGAUAUAGCUAGACCACCAGCGUCAGAGCGACUCUCAGGACAUCAUGCUGUCUCCAGGCCCUUGGAAGAGCAAAGUGUGUGUCUCAGUGGGGUGGUUGGGGGUCUAUUCUGGGAGACCAUGGGGCAGGAGCUCCCUCUGGGUGUCCCUGGACCCAGCCAACUAGCACAAAUGUCCACUGACCUGAGUCCCCACGCUCAGAGAAGCAUGACAGGUAGGAGGCUAGAGGUUUCUGUGAAAAGUGUGAGCACUUUCUUGGGUCUCUGUGUGUGGCUGAGUGUGGCUAGGGCCAGCACCACCCACUGGCAAAGUUUUCUGGGCCGAGGUACUUGUAAGAGCACGUGUCCCCCAUCCCCCCACACACUCCUGCAGCCAGAUGCACACAUGCACUCACACUUGCACAUGAAAACCCACAGGCCAUACUGCUAGUACCCACUUUCACCCGCACACACCACAGGUACACACUUUCACACACACAAGCUCACACAAGUGUACAUGCAUGCACAUGCAUGACAGGUUCACGCCUUCACAUGUGUACAAGCUCACACAUGUACACACACAAGGCAAGUAUGUGUUCACAUAGGUGCCUAUGCAAAGCACGUAUGAAUAGGUGCACCAUUCCAUGAAUGCACACAUGAGCAGAUCAUACAUGGCAGGCACACAUACACACACACACUUACACAUGUACAUGCAAGCUCACAGACCAUACCGAGCAGGCACACACAUUCACACAUGUAUAUGGAAGUGCACACACACGGCAGGUACACACCUUCACACGAGCAUGCUCCUGUGGGCACACACAGGCACAUCAGCUAUGUGGUACGUGCAUCCCUGCAUGCUCUCACACAAGACCCCAUUUGGACUUCGGCUGUCCUUUGUUUCUGAUCUGCUUUUUGGCCCUUCCUGAUUUAAACCACAAGAAACUAUAGUUCUAGAAUAUUGGACAUAGGCAGUGUUCUGACCACCUGGGUCUCCUACAUGGUAGUGGCAGAGGGUCCCAUGCUGUCUUCUUCCUUAUGGUCUGCUGUAUGCUCAGAGGUGACACUGGAGUCAGAGGCCCUCAGUGUUUACCAGGUGUAGGUCUGUCCUUGCACUGGCCCUGUCCAGCAUUUGGCCCUGGCCGGCUCCUUGGACCCAACCUCAUCACCCCCAGGCCCUGCUCCAACCAGGCCCUGCCUGCCCACUAUUGGCAUUUUCUCACCUGACGUCUUUCGGUCCCCUCCAGUCAUGGCCCUGGGGAGCCCACCCUCAUGUCCUGUGCUGGGGCCUCUCCCCCUGGGUCUCGUAGGGUAGAUGCAGAGACCAUGUCCCAGGUUGAUCAUGGCCUGUGGGACCCACAGGGGCACCACAGUGCACCUUACCUAUUGUAGGGGCUUUGCUUCACACCCCAUUUCUGGGUUGCAGGGUUGCUGAACAUGGCAAGGGCCCCUGUACUCACUGGGGUCCCUGGCUGGGAGAAAGGCACCGACUGGACCUCCUCCACCUAGUGCACCGGUUCAUUUGAGAUCACCUUCCCCCUGCAGCUGGGUACGGCCUGUGUCCAGGUGCUAUGAGGAGGACCCAUUCUUGGGGGGACUAAGCUGUUACUGGAAGCCCACAGAGGCAAAGGGAGUUGGGAGGCCUUUCAGCUAGAUGCUGGGUUCCUGUCUGGGUCGUGCUCAGCCUGCCUGUAAAUAACAUAUAGAGUAGAGGCUGAGGGAACCUGCCUUGGACUGCACGUUGCCGGUGACAGCAGGAUGCCAGACAUUUCCGCUGCCACAGCCUCUUAAAACAAACAUGGUGAGGGGGCCUUUGAUCAGCAUCCACUGCAAUGGGAGACACGCAAGCCCCAGCACCAUGUGGUUUGGGAUCAGGUUCCCGACAUGGUUGUCAGCUCCUCCCAAGUGUGCAGGACGUGGGUUUGCCAGGCCUGCAGGCCGUACUCACCCUCAGGGUGCCCGGUCAGCUGUCCUGCUCCCUCCAGGGCCUGCUCCACCUGAGCCCCAGCCAAAUGCUAAGGCAGAUGGAGAGGCAGGGAAGGCUUCCUGAAGGAGGAGGUAUAAUGGAAUUGAGGGCUCAGGAAGAAGCCCCGGGCUCCGUCCCCAGUGGGAGACUGGGGGUGUCCAGGUCCCCCAGGGUGGACUCAGUGAGGCCCUGUUUCAUGGUCUCACAAGGUUGGCAUCCUUGGGAGGAGGUGGCUGGAGGGGCUUCUGGGAACAGGGUAGAGAAGGGAAGGUGGCCCAGAGGUGGGACUCCCAAGUCUGCAGAGGCACUGGAGGGGAUUGAGGUGAGGCCAUCCAAGCUCCUGCUCUGGACACCUGCCUAGACGUCCCUGGCUGACUGAGGGUGCUGGGACUGGCUAGGCCCGUCCUGAGAUCUCCAUGGUACUUGACUCCGAUAGGUGUGGGGGAGGAGGGAACAACCCCUGGGUCCCUAGGUCCCUGGGUCCCUGGGCUCUUAGGUGGAACUGCAUGUUGCUAAAUGCCGCAUGUCCAACUUGGACUAGGUUUCCAAAGUCAUUGCCUUAAUGCAUGCUGACAGGGGCCCUGAGGCCACCCACGGGCCUGGAGCUGCCUCCAGGAUGGGCCGCCCAGGGGCCACAGGGUCUGGCUGGAGCCGAGCCACGCAGGCAGUCUCCCUGGUUGUCACUCGCGGAGGCCCUCAGACCAGCUGUCCCCUUGACGCCGUCCAGCUGCCUGGGGACGGCCUGGCGCACCGCGUGCCCGCCCCCCACGCCCACGCCCACGCCCCCCAUUGCAGUCCCGCCCCCGCCGCCACGCUGGCUGCAGCUUCCCCAUCUGCGCUGUUGCCUUGUCUGUCUUUGCACUUUCGUUCAUGCUCCAAAGAAAACUUCGCAAUGCCUUCGUCCCGACGCCCGCCUGCUCCGUCCUGCAGGCCCGGGGCACUGGGACCCGGCCUUUUCCUUUUGGUGAAUGUGUCGCCACCUGCACACUGAUCUCGACUCCACGCGCUGUCUGGCUUCCAGGGACAGGCGCCAGGGACGAACCCUACUUCCUGAGGAAUAGCGAGCCGCUCACUGCCUCCACACACACGGGCCGACGCUCGCGCCUCGAGAACGGCUGGCGCGGGUUUGUGGGGGGACUUGGGGUGCAGAAGCCCACCGCAGGGACAUGUACGGACAUUCUGGACAGUUCUGCCACAGGGCCGGUCCAGAUGCCCAGUGGACCUGUGCACUUAGUAAACACAGUGAUUCAACCUGG